AUGGAUUACCUGGUGGAUGGGAACCACACUGCAGUGACAGGGUUCAUUUUAUUUGGCUUAACAGAAGAUCCUACCCUUCGGGUCGUUCUCUUCAUGGUCAGCCUUUGCAUCUACCUUGUGACCAUAUCUGGCAAUCUCAGCACAAUCAUUCUGAUCAGAAUCUCUUCUCAGCUCCAUCGUCCUAUGUAUUUUUUCCUGAGCCACUUGGCUUUGGCUGACAUAGGGCUUUCAUCCUCUGUCACACCCAAUAUGCUUAUAAACUUCCUGGUGGAGACAAAUACAAUCUCCUAUCUUGGAUGUGGGAUCCAACAUGGAUCAGCUGCUUUCUUCGGGACAGUUGAGUUCUUUCUUCUGGCUGCCAUGGCCUAUGAUCUCUUUGUAGCAAUCUGCAACCCACUGCCUUAUUCAACUAAAAUGUCCACGCAAGUCUGUGAUCAGUUAUUCUCUGUGGCUUAUGUAGAUGUUGAACUUUCCUGUUCUGAUGUCAGUAUCCCUGCAGUGGUCCCCUCAUUUUCUGCUGGCUCAAUUAUUACGGUCACACUGUUUAUCAUAGUCGCCUCCUACAUCUACAUCCUCAUCAUCAUCCUGAAGAUGCCCUCCACCCAGGGCCGCCACAAGGCCUUCUCCACCUGCACAUCCCAAAUCACUGCAGUCACCCUGUACUAUGGGACAGUUACGUUCAUUUAUGUGAUGCCCAAGUCCAGCUACUCUACUGACCAGAACAAGGUGGUGUCUGAGUUUUACAUGGUGGUGAUCCCCAUGUUGAAACCCCUCAUCUACAGUCUCAGGAAUAAUGAGAUUAAGGCUGCUCUCAGGAGACAGCUGGGUAGGAAAAUAUUUUCUUAG